AUGCAAUCAGGAAUUAUUAAUAGUAUGUGAAUUAUAAUUAGUUUUUUCUCAUUGCCAUACACUUUUUUCAAUACUAUUUCAAUAUUGUUUUUUAGAAUUACUUCUAUAUGUUUUGGAAGAAUAUCCAGGUGAGAUGACAGACAAAGACAUCCAAGAAGAAAUAGAUACCUUUACUUUUUGAAGGACAUGAUAUCUCUUCUGUGUCAAUGAUAAUGACAAUAAUAUUGCUGGGCUUAUAUCAAAAUAUUCAAGUAAAGAUUUGAGUUAGUUAAAUUUAUCAUAUGUAACAGUUUUAAAAUAUUUUGCAUUUUAGGAUAUAGCAAGAGACGAGUUGUAUAAUAUUUUUGGUGACUCUGAUAGAGAUGCAGCAAUGGAAGAUUUAAAUGCCAUGAUAUACUUGGAUGCAGUAAUAAAAGAAUCGCUUCGAUUGUAUCCAGUUGUAUCACCCAUUUCGAGAGAAAUUCAAACAACUUUAAAACUGAGUAAGUUUAUAAUUCCAAAUAAUUUACAUGAUUUUUUUUUUUUUCAGUUUACCUUAGUGUUAACUUAUUAGCCAGAUUACUAGCAUAAACUAAUUUUUUUCCAAAAUUAUUAAUUAAACACUACUCAUUUGAUAUUCAAUUUGUUAUAAGUUAUUAUACACUUAUACUAUUAUGUAUUAUUAUUUACAAACAAUUUAAUCUCAAAAUUUAAACCACUUACAAAUUUUACACUUUAAAAUUCACAUCCAACAAAAAUUACUACAUAAGAAAAAUGAACCAAAGAAAUAUACAAAAUGUAAAACUUAAAAAUCAGCAUUUUUUCUAUCAUAAGUUACUAAUUUAACUUCCAAUAUUUUUAAUAAAGCUGAAAACAAUUUAUUAAAUAAAGGUAAUAAAUUCAAUAUGUAUCCAACAUUAAACUUUCAAUCAAUUAAAAAACAAUUAAAAACAUUUGAGUCUGUUAUAAAUUAUGUAUAAUUUCAAAAUCAAACAAGAUAUAACUUAAUAAACAGCACCAAUAAAAACUACAAAAAUAAGCCAUAUAAAAUAUUAAUACAAAAAAGUAUAGGUAAACGACAAAAUACAGUUAUUAACAAUAUAAUGAAUAAAUUAAAAACAGAUAAUUCAGAAAUAGUUCUGGUAGAUAAAUUUAAUGCUAUUGUUAUCAUUUACAUUAAUGAAAUUCAUAAGAAAACGUUUGACCCUAUAAAUAAUAAUAAUAUUCAAAACUUAACAUGUGAUCCAACUGUAAUUUACACUAAACAAAUUAAUAAACUGAUAACAAUUUCAAAAAAAUCAUACCUUAAGUCCACAAAAAAAUAUUAUUUAAAUCUGAUUAUAAAAUAGAGGCUCACACUUAAAACAUCCAUUCAUAAAACUACACAAACAAGAUAAUCCGAUUCAUUCAUUAAUUAACUUUAAAACUGAUCCAGCUUGCUAAAUAUUUACUCUCAAAAAAAAAAAAAUUAAUCAUGAAUACUGAUACUUUUAUUUAUAAAAAAUACAUAUGAUUUUAUUGAUAAAAUUAAUGAAACUAAUAUUGUUACCAAAUGAUUUCUUUUGGCGUCAAAAAUUUAUAUACAUUCAUUUCUAAACAUGAAACAAUAAUUUCUUAAAAAAAUAAACUUAUACAUAGUAAUAAAUUUCUGCGAUCUUACAGUUUCCAUAAUAAACAAUACAUAUGAUUUUAGUAUUUACAGGAAACCCACACAAACUGAUGCUAUAAUACUACAUGGUUCUAAUCACCCUUAUUCUCAUAAAUACCAUUUUUUAAUUCAAUAUUCUAUAGGCUUUAAAUAAUUCUAUUAAAUAAACAUAAUUAUCAACACGGACUCAAUAUUAUCUAUUGUAUAGUCUAUUGAAAUAAUUUCAAUUUAAAUACUGUUAAAAAAAUUCAUAAACGUGUUAAAGAAAAAAUAAUACACAAAUCACCAAAUAACGUUGUUAACUAUUGUGUUAUGAAAUAUCGACAUAAUAUGUCUAACAAAUUCACUAAAAUUCUGAACAAUAAUACAAAUAAUGUAAAAAUCGUUUUUUUAGGCUAAUAAUAAUUUAAUCAAACAUAUAAAUAAUAGAACUAAAAAGUUCAUAAAAAAUCCCCUUUCUUAUUAAAAUGUUGGUAUAUAUAAACUUAAACAUAACUGUAAUAAAUUGUAUAUAGGUAAGGCAAAUUGACAUAUUAAAAUAGGAUGUAAUGAACACAUUUCUGAAAUAAUAUUUUUAAAAAACCGAUGAUGAAUCAAAUGAUUUAUAUUUCUUAACAUAUCGAUUUUUAAUGAUAACCCAUUUUAAAUAUCUCUCCUAUUAAAGUAAAUUAUUUCUAUGUAAAACGAAAAAUUUGUAUACAUUUUUUUUUUCUAUGUAUUUUUUCAUUUAAUUUUAUAUAUUCAGUCACAUUUUACAUUUUGACUGUGAUAAACCUGAUGAUGAAUUUUUAAUUCGAAACCGGUCAUGUAUAAUACACUUAUAAUACUCUGAGCAACAUAUUUAUUCAUUUAUUUAUUUUUUAUUUUUAUACAUACAUUUUUUAUUUAUAUAUUAAUUUAUUAUAUUUGAUUAAAUGUUUGAAAAAAUAAACUCUACAAUUAUUAUAAAUCAUAAUAAAUUUGCAUUCUGAAUAUAAGGAUGGUAAAUUAUUUAUUUAUACUUGUAUAUUGCUAUAUUGAUAUACUAUUACUUACUAUACUUUAAGGAAAUGAUAGAAAGACUUCUGUAAAGAAACAUGAAAAUCAGUAUUUGGAAAAGAAUUUGGCAUCUUAAUUGUAAUCAGUCAUAAAUAAUUUGUUGCAAUGAUUUUUACUUUCUUUUUUUUUCUUAUUUUUAAGGGACUAUUAUUCCACCAAGGUUAGUUAUAUUUAUAUUUCCUUAUAUUAUGCAUAGAAAUGAGAAUAUCCUGAAGAAUUCAUUCCUGACAGGUUUUUAGAUGAAGAAAAUAAAGAAAAAUGUCUAUUCAAUUAUUUGCCGUUUAGUGCUGGCCCAAGAAAUUGCAUUGGUAAAAUUAAUAUUAAUAAAAAAUUUUAUUUUAGUAUACCUAUCCUAUGUACUAAUAAAUCAUAUUAUUUAUUUUAA